CAGCCCCGCACCACGUGACUGUCGGGAAGGAGGUCGGCAGGGGAGGGGGAGCUGUGGCCGUAACCCCUUCCACUCCGCCUGCGGCCGUCGGCCGUGGUGGCCGGGCGGUCCAGCAGGUGGGCCGAGAGCAUGCGAGAGCCCCAGCCUGGAGGCCGCGGGCCCGCUGCUCAGCACACCUGGCUCCGGAGGCCAUGGCCUGCCUCCAUGAGACCCGAACACCCUCCCCUUCCUUUGGGGGUUUUGUGUCUACUCUAAGUGAGGCUUCCAUGCGAAAGCUGGAUCCAGACACUUCCGACUGCACCCCUGAGAAGGACCUAACACCUACCCAAUGUGUACUUCGAGAUGUUGUGCCUCUGGGUGGGCAGGGCGGGGGAGGACCCAGCCCCUCCCCAGGUGGAGAGCCUCCCCCAGAGCCUUUCGCCAAUAGUGUCCUGCAGCUACAUGAGCCAGACGCCGGUGGGCCAGGGGGAGCCACUGGGUCCCCGGAGAGUCGAGCAUCCAGAGUUCGUGCUGAUGAGGUGCGACUGCAGUGCCAGAGUGGCAGUGGCUUCCUUGAAGGUCUCUUUGGCUGCCUGCGCCCUGUCUGGACAAUGAUUGGCAAAGCCUACUCCACAGAACAUAAGCAACAGCAGGAAGACCUUUGGGAAGUCCCCUUUGAGGAGAUCCUGGACCUGCAGUGGGUAGGCUCAGGAGCUCAGGGUGCUGUUUUCCUGGGACGCUUCCACGGGGAAGAAGUAGCUGUGAAGAAGGUUCGAGACCUCAAGGAAACCGACAUCAAGCAUCUGCGAAAGCUGAAGCACCCCAACAUCAUCACGUUCAAGGGUGUCUGCACACAGGCUCCCUGCUACUGCAUACUGAUGGAAUUCUGCGCCCAAGGCCAGCUCUACGAGGUGCUGAGGGCUGGCCGUCCUGUCACCCCUUCCUUGCUGGUUGACUGGUCCAUGGGCAUUGCUGGUGGCAUGAAUUACCUGCACCUGCACAAGAUCAUCCACAGAGACCUUAAAUCUCCCAACAUGCUAAUCACCUAUGACGAUGUGGUGAAGAUAUCAGAUUUUGGCACUUCCAAGGAGCUGAGUGACAAGAGCACCAAGAUGUCCUUUGCAGGGACAGUGGCCUGGAUGGCCCCUGAGGUGAUACGCAAUGAGCCUGUGUCUGAGAAGGUCGACAUCUGGUCCUUUGGGGUGGUGCUAUGGGAACUACUGACUGGCGAAAUUCCCUACAAAGACGUAGAUUCCUCAGCCAUCAUCUGGGGUGUAGGAAGCAACAGUCUCCACCUGCCUGUGCCCUCCAGCUGCCCAGAUGGCUUUAAAAUUCUGCUUCGCCAGUGCUGGAACAGCAAACCACGAAACCGUCCUUCAUUCCGACAGAUCUUGCUGCACCUGGACAUCGCCUCAGCUGACGUGCUCUCCACACCCCAGGAGACCUACUUUAAGUCCCAGGCAGAGUGGCGGGAAGAAGUAAAACUGCACUUUGAAAAGAUCAAGUCAGAAGGGACAUGUCUGCACCGCCUAGAAGAGGAGCUGGUGAUGCGCAGAAGGGAGGAGCUCAGACACGCCCUGGACAUCAGGGAGCACUAUGAGCGGAAGCUGGAGAGAGCCAACAACCUGUACAUGGAACUGAACGCCCUCAUGCUGCAGCUAGAGCUCAAAGAACGGGAACUGCUCAGGCGAGAGCAGGCUUUAGAAAGGAGGUGCCCAGGUCUCCUGAAGUCACACCCAUCCCGCGGCCUCCUACACGGAAACACCAUGGAGAAGCUCAUCAAGAAAAGGAAUGUGCCACAGAAACUGUCACCCCACAGCAAAAGGCCAGAUAUUCUCAAGACAGAGUCUUUGCUACCUAAACUAGAUGCAGCCCUAAGUGGGGUGGGGCUUCCUGGGUGUCCUAAGGGUCCCCCCUCACCAGGAAGGAGUCGUCGUGGCAAGACCCGACACCGAAAGGCCAGUGCCAAGGGCAGCUGUGGAGACCUGCCUGGGCUUCGAGCAGCAUUGCCCCCCCACGAGCCUGGAGGACUAGGAAGCCCAGGGGGUCUGGGAGUGGGCCCUCCAGCUUGGGAUGCCUGCCCCCCUGCUCUCCGCGGACUCCACCAUGACCUUCUACUGCGAAAGAUGUCGUCCUCCUCCCCAGACCUUCUGUCAGCAGCACUGGGAGCCAGAGGCCGAGGAGCCACCGGGGGAGUUCGGGAUCCUGGCUCACCUCCUCCACCCCAGGGCGAUACUCCUCCAAGUGAGGGAUCAGCUCCUGGUUCCACCAGCCCAGAUUCACCUGGGGGGGCCAAAGGGGAACCACCUCCACCAGUAGGACCUGGUGAAGGCGUGGGGCUGCUGCUGGGAACUGGAAGGGAAGGGACUGCAGGCCGGGGAGGAAGUCGGGCUGGGUCCCAGCACUUGACCCCAGCUGCACUGCUGUACAGGGCUGCAGUGACUCGGAGUCAGAAACGCGGUAUCUCAUCUGAAGAGGAGGAAGGAGAGGUUGAUAGUGAAGUAGAGCUGCCCCCAAGUCAGAGGUGGCCUCAGGGCCCGAACAUGCGUCAGUCACUAUCUACCUUCAGCUCAGAGAACCCAUCAGACGUGGAGGAAGGUACAGCUAGUGAGCCUUCCCCCAGUGGCACACCAGAAGUUGGCAGUACCAACACUGAUGAGCGGCCAGAUGAAAGGUCUGAUGACAUGUGCUCCCAGGGCUCAGAAAUCCCACUGGACCCACCUGCUUCAGAGGUGGGUCCUGACCCCGAAACCAGCUCCUUGCCCAUGCAACACCAGGAUCUACUUAGAGGUGAGCAGGGCCUCAACCCUGAGGACUCGGACUGUGACAGCACUGAACUGGACAACUCCAACAGCAUUGAUGCCUUGCGGCCCCCAGCCUUCCUUCCUCCAUGAAAGACACUCUUAUUCCUUGUACAUAGAGAAAUAUUUAUAUAAAUAAUAUAUAUGCGCCACAUAAUCAACAGAUAGAUGGGGCUUUCUGAGCCUUAAGUCAGGCUUGAGAGUGAAGGACCCCCUGACCAAUUCCCGAAUACGUUCUAGGGACACUGGCAGCUGUGGAAACAAAUGAUUCCAAGUUCUACCCUAGAGCCACGAGGAGAGGAAAUUGGUCCCUUCCUGCUUCACCCCAUUCCUUAUGUUCAGCAAGCAACUAGGCAAUAGAAAAGCCAGGCUUGUCUCUGCACUGUCCCCCCUCAACACUGGGGGGCAGGCGAGGAUCCACCUAAGACUGCACUUUUAUUUUCCGUUCACUGUUUACACAUUUUGCACUUGAGGAGAGGGAAACUGGGGCUGGGUCCUCCCCUCUGAGGCUUCUCAGGUGGCAAUGUAACCCAUUUCUUUGUCCCUCUGUCUUUCUGCCCGAGCCCUGGCUUAGGGCCCAGAGGCAAGUUACAAGACUGAUAGCAUGUGAUGGCUCAGGCUGAAGAGCUGGAGAACUGGGGUGCUGUUUAAGUCCCUACUGUUAUCCUGGUGCCUGGUAGGGGUGGGGACUGUCAUAUUGUAACCCCUGUGAACAACCCUCAAAUAUAACCACUCCAUGCAGGCCCAGCUGUCGAGGGUUUUCUUGGUGAAUGAAUGGAGUGGAUACACGGUUAAGAGUUUGAGGAAUUUGGACAGGUUACUUUCUAUUUUUUCUAAACAUGUCAAACUCCAACUUUCUAAGUUAACUUUUCUAAAUUAUUUCAGGACAAGAAUAUAAAUGGGUUUCAAAACAUCCAGGGAAAAGGCUAUCAGUAAACAGUCACUAGAACAUAAGAUUAAAGUAUGAGCUAGAGAAUAAGGGGCAGUCACCCCCAAACUUACUAUCACCAGGUACAUGUGUGUGUAUGUAUGUGUGUAAAAUACAUGUACACACAUCUUCCUAACCCAGCUCCAUAGACACAUCUGUUGCUCUACAAUCCUAGUGCAGUAUAAUUGCCAUUCUUCACAAAUAAAUCUUCUAAAGGCCACCCAAAAUCAUGGUGGGGGGAAAGAUCAAGGGCAAUUAAAAAAAGCAAAAUAACAGAAAAAAACAUGGAGUGGUAAAACAGAAGAAAAUAUCUUAAUUCUAUUGAAACCCACCAGGGCUCUGUGAAGGUUUAAAGGUAUAAAAAUAACAUCAAGACAGGAAUAACACCCACAUAAGUCACUGUGGCAUCCAGUUUCUAUUCACAAAGAAAAAGCUCCAGUCCAUCUUUUAAUUUUUUUUUUUGAAAAAUUCCUGACAUUACAGAACUAAACUGAAAUGUAUUAAUAUUCCACUCUUACAUUUCCAUGACAAACAAAAAUUCAUGAGCCAAAAAAAAAAAAAAACCCAAAAAAAUGGAAAAAAGGGGAGAAG